AUGGAAGCAAAACAGUCAAUAUGUAAAACUAACCGGAGUGAUGAGUUCAGUGGAAAAACUGCAGAUGUAAUGUGGAAAGUUCUGAAAGAGAAAUGGUCUGAAUUACGUCUGGUAAAUGGCCCAAAUCCAUGCUCUGGAAGAGUUGAAGUCUAUUACAAUGGUGAAUGGGGUACAGUGUGUGAUGAUGGCUGGGACAUUAAUGAUGCUAAUGUUGUCUGUAGACAAUUGGGAUGUCGAAAUGCCAUUUCAGCUCCUCUCGGUGCUUACUAUGGACAAGGAACUGGAUCAAUAAUGAUGGAUGAUGUAAACUGUCGUGGAUCUGAAUCUUCACUAAAUCAGUGUUCUUUCAGCGGAUGGAAACAACAUAACUGCGGCCAUUCUGAAGAUGCUGGAGUUCAGUGCAUAGAUGACUUGCAACUAGUUAAUGGUCCAAAUAUUUGCUCUGGAAGAGUAGAAGUCUAUUAUAACAAUGAAAAAGGAACAGUGUGUGAUGAUUCAUGGGACACAGAUGAUGCUAAUGUAGUUUGUAAACAUCUGGGAUGUGGAGUUGCUAUUUCAACACCUGGAAGUGCUCAUUAUGGACAAGGAUCUGGGCUAAUAAUGAUGGAUGAUGUAAGAUGUCAAGGAUCUGAAUCUUCACUGAAACAAUGCUCAUUCAAUGGAUGGAAGGUAAAUGACUGUAGCCAUUCUGAAGAUGCUGGAGUUCAAUGCACAGGAAAAUUGGCACUUCAACUUCAAGAUGGUGGAUCACAGUGUGUAGGAAGAGUGGAAGUGUCUUACAACUCUGCAGCGAAAUCUGUUUUACCUGAAGAAUGGAAUAUUAAUAAAGCCAAUGUUGUAUGUCAAAAUCUGCAAUGUGGAUCUGCUGCAGCAGCUAUUAAUGAGUUUCCCUUUGCUGUCAGGUCUGGAUCUGAGUGGAUCAAAAUGGGCAUCUGUUCAGGAACUGAAAAUGCGAUAGAAUCCUGUAGUGGGAACAGAAUAAUGAAUGUUUCUAGUGGAUAUUCAACUGUGGCAGGUGUUCUUUGUUCAAAAGCUUCUUUUCAGAUUCCAUCAGCCUCCAUUCUCGGUGGAUAUACUGUUUUCUCUUCAGGAGAAACUCUGAGCAUAAAAUGUACUGCUCCAAAUGUUUUUACAGCUAGAAUAUUUUAUCUUAGCAAAAUUGGAGAAGACAGAAGAAUUUCAAGUGUGUCGGUUCCUAAGAAUCAAAAUGUCAUUACUCUUCAUAUACCCAAUCUAAACACUGCAAAUGAAGGACAGUACAAAUGUGGUUACCAUGUUAAUGAUGCCCUUGUUUCUGAAUCAAAUCCUUUGGUCAGAAUUUCUGUAGCAGUGGAUGUGUUGUAUUUGUCAGAGAUGGAAUCAGAGGUAAAGGAGAAGUCGAGAGACGAUUACUGUGUAAUGGAGACAGUGAAAAAGGCAACUGAACCUUUUCAGAGACCAUUUUAA